AAGUCCGCCGCCGGCGCGAAGAAGGGCCAGAAGGUCACCAAGAAGUUCAUCAUCAACUGCUCGCAGCCCGUCAACGAUAAGAUCUUCGACAUCCAGGCUUUCGAGAAGUUCCUUCACGACCGUGUCAAGGUUGAGGGCCGCACCGGCAACCUUGGCGAGACCGUCCAGAUCUCCCAGCAGGGUGAUGGCAAGAUUGAGGUCAUUGCGCACCAGGAGUUCUCCGGCCGCUACUUGAAGUACCUCACCAAGAAGUUCCUCAAGAAGCAGCAGCUCCGUGACUGGCUCCGCGUCGUCUCCACCUCCAAGGGUGUUUACGAGCUCCGCUUCUUCAACGUUGUCAACGAUGAGGCGGACGAGGACGACGAGUAG